UUAGAAAUAGAGCUAUCUUCUUCUAUGUACUGGUGAUUCUAAUUGUCCUGGCCUAUUGGAUUUACAUGAGAAGCUCUGCAAACGGUAUUUUUCCGGAAGAAGGCUCAACCACACCGUCUGAAACAGGAACUCCAAAUCAAGAUAUCCAGACUAGAGAAAAACGAAAUCUGUUUAGGUCAGCAGAGGAUAAUUUUCCCGUAAAAGAAGACCAGAAAAAGCCUCGUAAAAACAUGAUAAUAUUUGCUCAUGGUCGUUCUGGAUCGUCAAUAACUGGUGAUAUUUUCAACCAUCAUCCAUCUGUGUUCUAUCUUCACGAGCCUCUACAAACAGUUCAACGAAUAUUUAAAAAACAAGAAAAAACCUCAGGUGUCACUUAUGCAAGACUAAUGGCAGAUAUCUUAAGAAAUAUUUUCCGUUGUAACUUCAGCGAAUCUAUCACUCAAGAUUUCAUGCAUUAUUACCACAAUUUUAAUCCAAGAUCUAGUAUGGCUCUUGGUUCUCCGCCCUUCUGUCCUUAUGACAUGACCGAUCCACGAUGGGAUCCAAAGACAUGUCCACCAUUGACAAGAGRAAGAUUGAGAAACGUUUGUAGAAAUAAUUAUGAAAUGACAGUCAUUAAAAUACUCAUUGAUCGAAUUGACGAGGCAAAUAUCAAAAAUGUACUUGCCGCUUGCAUAGAACCAGACAUUGAUUGCAAAGUCAUUUUUCUAGUCAGAGAUCCUAGAGCUAUAAUUGCUUCUUCUCGAAGUGUCGGGUUUUUUAGAGACGGCAAAAGUGAGGAAGGAAAGUGUGGUUUAAGACAGUACUCCAAGCAAAAUUGUCAACAAACCAAGGAAAACUUAGCUUCCAUUCAAAGYCUUUCUUCUUUUUGGUCUAAUCGUAUCAUGAUCCAGCGAUAUGAAGACUUUGCAAUCGAACCUUUGAAGGCUCUCUCAAAAUACUUCAAGUUCGCUGGGCUGCCAGAAAAAGAGAGCGUUAAACAAUGGUUGGAAAAAAGGACACAAGGAAGUAAUAACAAGGGUAUCCGCAAAGAAUGCAAACUCAAAGGCAAUUAUCACAGCUUUUGUACCAUUGACGACGCCAGACAAGCUGUAAAUCGCUGGAGAUUGAAGGUACCUUUUGAUGACAUUGUUAUUAUGGAGCAGUACUGCAGGCAAACCAUGAGCCUAAUGGGAUACACGUCCAUCAAUGGUUCUAGACAGUUAUUGUCCAAUUUAACUAUCCCAUUGUUUCAAGCAAACUAUAUUGAUAUGGAAAAAGGUGCAGCACGUUUAAAUUAAGUUAGCUAGUCAUAUCGUGUGCAUAGCACRUGUCAUUUGUUAUUAUUUAAGGUGGAAAAGUAGAAUUUAACAAGAUUAUGGAUUACGGCAAAGUUUUAGGCCSGGAUAGAUUAUAACGGUAGGGGUCAUCGCAUAUUAUGUUUCCUCAAUACGUUUCUCUAUAUUCAACCACCUCACUUUCUCAGAUACAUGCAAAACGGCUCCACUGAAGGUUAAUUACAGACCUAGAUAGUUGGUCAUUGAACAUCAACAAAGGACUAGUCAAUUCUGCAUUUUUUUUAGACCUUAAAAAUCUCAAAUUAUGUUUAAAACUUUAAACAAUUCUGCUCCGGAAUAUUUUUCGUCCAAAUUUACUAAUCGUAGCAAAACCUUAACAAUUAUAACCUUAGAAACAUAGAACAUAAAGUUUUCCUGUCAUUGCCGCGAACAAAUAGUCUCCUUCACGGUUCCCUGCGCCAUCUUGAAAGGUAGCCGUG